AUGAGCUCAUCCGACCAGAAGCCGCCGCUGGAGCCUGCAGACAAGCAGUCGUUUCCGCCCCCGCCUCCCGGCCCCCCGCCCAUCCAGACCACACAGACACAGGUGCCAAAGCAUCCUGACGAGACCCCUAUCCCAGAUUACAACCCGAGGCAUCCUCAGUUUGCGCCGCCCACAGGUGGUGCCGACGACGACAUCUACAACGCGACGCCGACAUCCGAGCACCCGCCCCAGUUCCCGCCGUCUGGAGAUGGUCACCACGAUGGCGAAACCAAGAAGAAGUCCAAGUUCUCCUUCAAGGAGUACUACCAAAAGGCCUCAGAAAGCUUGACGACCCAUGUUGGCCCGGCAGUCAACGCGAUGGCCCGCAAGACGGGCGCUGAAGGCUUCAUUGCCGAGUCUCUGGACAAGGAAUGUGAAAAAGCUGCCAGGAUCUUGAGGGCAUUCUGCAAGGACGGCAUCUAUGUCGACGCAGCGCAGCAACCUUCUUCGACGCCAGCACCCACACCCGCACCAGCUGCGACGGACAGCGAGGCCUCGGCUACCGAUGGCAAACACACAGAUUCUGCCAAGACAAAGAAACCCAAGGUACUUCUCACGAUACCUUCCAAGGUCAUUGCGAAAGCCCAGGGCCUGGCUAUCUUCACGGCCUUCCGUGCGGGUUUCCAGGGAACCGUCUCGGGCGGUAGUGGCAUCCUGAUCGCCCGCAAGCCUGAUGGCAGCUGGUCUCCACCCAGCGGAAUCAAGGUUGGGGGCGUGGGAGGUGGCUUCGUUAUCGGCGCAGAGAUUUACGACUGUGUCGUCGUCAUCAACACCAAGGAAGCUCUUGACCUCUUCACAAAGACUCGCAUGAGCCUCGGGUCCGAUCUCGCGGUUACUGCCGGUCCUUUUGGCGCUGGUGGUUCUCUUGACUGGGGCGUUCCGGCGAACCAGAAGGGCAAAGAGAAGGAGAAGACCUCGCCACAACACCCUCCAACGGCCACGUCUCCACCGCUCUCUGCCGAUAACACCCACUUCCAAACGGCGCCGCUUUCCCCUGAUGAGUUGACUGACCCCCUGGAAGAUCCCACAAAGGGACGCAAGCCCAGUGCCUUACGUGAGGCCAUUGGGAAACCGGUCUACAGUUAUGUCAAGUCACACGGUGUGUAUGCUGGCGUUCAAAUCAGCGGUACUGUGAUUCUGUCCCGCGAUACCGCCAAUUCCAAAUUCUACGGCCGGCCAGUCACUGUACAGGAGAUUCUGGAUGGCAAGGUAGAACCACCUGCUGCAGCCAAGACACUCUUUGAGGUGUUGAGCGGUGCCUCCGGGUGGCGUGGACACAGCGGUUCCAGCCCAGUAACGCCCAACCUUGCGCCUGGGGCUGGUGUGCCGCCUCCCGCUGCAGCGGCCACGUCUGGUGUUGCCGAUGUCACUGCCGGUGUGAGGGGUCUUGAUGUCGGAAGCUCCUCCAGCUUGGCAACCGCCCCGAGACCCACAACGCCGGCGGUAAAUGCUAAGGCUGCCGAGGCCGCCGCAGAGGCGAAGCUUGCGUCCCCCUCCAGUCCACCACCGCCGUCCUAUUCGGAGUUUGCUCCGAGUGGGACCCAGCAGCAGCCAGAGGACCUCCCUCCUGCAUAUGUGGAGGGUCAGGGGACCAGGCCGCCCGCAGGUGACUCCAAGACCGGACUGCAUUAG